AUGGGUAGCCUCCCUGUUGUCCAAGAUGAACAAGUCGAUGUGGUUAUCGUCGGAGGUGGGCCAACUGGACUUCUGACUGCAAUGUUGCUGCGUCAGCUUGGCAACUCAGUCUCAGUCAUCGAUCCCAAAUCCGGACCUCUCAAGCUUGGUCGUGCCGAUGCCCUCAACGCGAGAACACAGCAGUAUCUCCAGGUCGCUGGAGUCCUCAAGGAACUUCGGGAGAAGGGCAUCGAAUGCAACACGAGCUCAACCUUUGAAGCUGGUGUUUUCAAGUCGCGCCAGAGCCACUGGUGGACUGGACUUGAGCACUGCCUCCACAAGUGCUUCCUCAUGAUUGGCCAACCCGAUGUGGAAGCAGCCCUGGAGAAGCAACUCGACACGCCAGUCCAUUACGCCGAGACCGCAACCUCGAUUGCUGAGAACAGCGAAGGCGUCACUGUGACCACCAACCUUGGUCGAACGAUUCGCGCUCAGUACGCUGUUGGAGCUGAUGGAGCGCGAUCGAUGGUCCGCACUUCACUAGGAAUCAGCUUUACUGGCACCAAGCCUGGAAUGACCUGGGCCGUCUUGGAUACAUUCAUCGAUACCGACUUCCCGCUUUGCCCGGAAAUCAUCACAUUCCAGCUGAACGAGCAGUCCAGAGUAUCAUGGAUUCCUCGUGAGCGUGGCAUGGCACGUUUCUACGUCCUGCUGGAUGGCGAGAUCACUCAGGAGAAGGCAGAGAUUUCCAUUCGAGAGCACAUGGCUCCCCAUCGGGUGGAGUUCGUCAAGACUGAAUGGUUCAGCACUUUCGAGAUCAAGGAGCGCAUUGCCUCCUCGUUCGUGUCCAAAGAAGGCCAGGGGCGCAUUCUGCUCGGUGGCGAUGCCGCACACGUGCAUGCCGUAAACGGUGGCCAAGGUCUCAACACUGGUAUUGCGGACGCGAUGGCUCUGGCCUGGCGUCUGUCUCUGGCCACCAAAGCUGAUGCAGUUUCCUCCGAGGCAGCAAGCGCACUCGUCAAGAGCUACGACAUUGAGCGAAGAACGGUAGCACAGGACGUCAUCAAUGUUGCCGCGCGACUAGUCAGGGAGACCAUGAACACCGCCAAGGAGUAUGUGGGCUAUAUCGAGAAGAGCGCAGGUUACAUCACCGGAAUGGGCGUGGCCUACGACGCCAUCGGUUCACCUCUGGUGACCGAAUCCGAACAAGGCAUAUGGAAAGCUGGUAGACGAUGCCCCGACGUUGUCCUUCAAUCCGCGGAACAGACGGAGCCACAACGGCUGUACAGUACUGUUCGGUACGGAAAGUUCCUGGUGAUCUCCCUUGGCGGCCCACUUCAAAACUCCUGGUCAGAGUUCCAGGACAAGGUCAAGCCUUAUUGCAUUGUCCCCACUGGGCAGAGCCUCUCUGGCGCCGUGAAAUCGGGAGCGCCGACCUUCGAAUGUGAGCAAGUCAAGCCAGACGAGAAGCUUGUCGUUGUCGUCAGACCAGACAUGUACAUUGGCUACGUCGGCACAGAGGAAGACUCCAAGUCAUUCCUGUCAAAGUCACUAAGAGGUUGA